AUGGCGUCUCCCCUGACCUCCGCCUCGCGCAUGUGCCUCCGUGCCGCCGCUCGUGGUCCUGCCUCUGCCGCGACCAGGGCCAUCAGCACGACCGCCUCGGUCCGCUCAGCCGACAGUGGUGCUCCCCCGGCCUGGACAUCCUACCACAGCCCCUUCAAGACGGGGAAGACUAGGGCCAGCGAGGUCCCCGACUUUGGAAAGUACGCCUCCAGCAACAGCGGUGACACCAACAAGCUGUUUCAGUACUUCAUGGUCGGUGGUAUGGGUGCUAUCACGGCUGCUGGAGCCAAGAGCACUGUUCAGGAGUUCCUCGUCAACAUGUCCGCUUCCGCCGAUGUCCUGGCCAUGGCCAAGGUCGAGGUCGACCUCAACUCCAUCCCCGAGGGCAAGAACGUCAUCAUCAAGUGGCGUGGAAAGCCCGUCUUUAUCCGUCACCGUACCCAGGAUGAGAUUGACGAGGCCAACAAGGUCUCCAUCUCUUCCCUUCGUGACCCCCAGGCCGAUGAUGACCGUGCCCAGAAGCCCGAGUGGCUCGUCAUGCUUGGUGUCUGUACUCACCUUGGUUGUGUCCCCAUCGGCGAGGCUGGUGACUUUGGUGGUUGGUUCUGUCCCUGCCACGGUUCCCACUACGACAUCUCCGGUCGUAUAAGGAAGGGCCCUGCCCCUCUCAACCUCGAGAUCCCCGCCUACGACUUCCCCGAGGAAGGCAAGCUCGUCAUCGGUUAA